GUGAUGUGGCAAUAUUUCAGACGUAGAGGCGGAUGGGUGUUCGUAGUUAGUGGUGUGGUAUAAUUGUUUGGAAUUAUUUUGUUUUGCAGAUGUAUGAGGUGGAUUUUGCAAAGACUGCCACAGCUCCAUUGUCAGCACCGCUGGAGUUCGAUAUAAGAGAAACUUUUUCGAAGGUCAUCCACAUAUGGAAAGAACGUUGUCAUACAGUGAACAGACGCUUGUUAGGCAUUAUUUCAGUGAACGAACAGAAUCCUAAGCUUGGUCAUCUAUUGACAAUCUCUAACGUAUUUUCAAAAAAUGUUGAAAUUCGUAAAUUCAUUCCUAGAUCACCCGACAUUUUUUCGACUUGUGCAUAUGAAGCUUCUUUUUGAUAAGCAUGUUGUGGAAUUUCGGCCGUAUGUACUGGACGAGAAGCGACAUCCCCAUGUUUCUUUCCCAUAUCGGUUUGCUUUGGAAGAAGUCUCACAUCAGCAAUGGAAUCUAAGUCUUUUCGUCUCUAACGAUGCGAUUAAUUAUAUUUGGCUGCAAAAAGUCGCAUUUCCGCGUUUAUUAAAAUGGUUUGCUGACAAUGGUGAACGCAAAAAUAUCACAAUUUCGCAUAGAUUAGUUAACGUGGAAGAUUAUUCCCAGUUCUAUUGUGAAAUCAAAAAUAAAUGGGGUCAACAAAUUGCAGCAACCUGGGCAGAAAGAACGAAUCCACAGAAAUUUGUUUAUGAAGACUGCGCUAUUGCGGCUUACCUAAUUACCUAUUGGCGGCAGAAAGGCCUUUCACCACAAAGAUUUUGUGAUAUUGGUUGUGGCAAUGGCUUGCUUGUACAUCUCUUGCAAAGGAUGAAGAUAAAUGGUUAUGGAAUCGAUUUAAGACAGCGCAAAAUAUGGACGAAAUUUGCUGAAACUGAUUUGAGAGAAAAAACACUGAAUCCUAAAGAGGAUUUGUUGAGCGAUAGCGAUUUUCUCAUUGGGAAUCACACAGAUGAAUUGACUCCUUGGAUACCUAUUAUGGCUGCUAGAUCAAGAAGUAACUUCUUCUUACUGCCGUGCUGUCCAUUCGAUUUUUAUAGUCGUUUUCAAAAAAAGUGUGGUAUGGCUACUACUAGUGUGUAUUCUUCUUAUCUUCUGUUUAUUCGCGAUAUCUGUUUGAGGCUAGGUUACUGCGUUGAAGAAGAUCGGCUAAAAAUUCCGUCAACGAAACGUUAUUGUUUCCUGUGCACAGUACCUGCUGGUGGGUUAGUAGAAAAUGUGGAAAAUGUCAUAAAUAAUAUGCUGGCACAUACAAAUUUAUCAAAUUUCUUGCCGAGAAAGAAAGUUGAAAACAUAAAAAAUUGUGCCAGAUUUUCUCGGGGCUUUCAGCAGGCGCUCACUACAAAGAUAUUCAAUCAUCUUUUCGAGCUAUCACCGAACAAAGCAACAGUCUGUUGGAGCAAAGGGCGAUCAUGCUCUUUAAAAGAAAUAGCUGAUCUACUUAAUGAGGAAGAAAAAGCGCAGCUUCGAAAUUCAGACGGUGGUUUGCAAACAUUCUUGAAAAAUCAGCAUCAAAUUUUCAAAAUAGUUAAAGGCAGUGUCUCAAUUCGUAAUUGGGCUGAAGAGGGCAGUCGAAGAGUCGAGGAAAAAUUGAGGACAAGAGAUUGCUGGUUCCAUAAAUAUCAUCCUAGCGGUUGUCCACUAUCUGAAGACUGCUCUUAUAAACACUGAACUUUUGAAUUCUUCACACACAUCCCACUGAAUUGGUUUAUUGAACUGUGAUGAAGCAAAG